AUGGCGCCCACCGAGCCUCCGCCCUCCAAAAAGUCAAAGUCCACCCCCAAGACCGUGUCAGGCUUUGUAAUUCUCCCUCUUACUCUUCCCGCAAUUCCAGGUCUCCCACCCUCCGCUUGCGACGCAAAACACUAUCUCUACAUCAAACAACAUGCGCCAAGUGUACCCACAGCAGACGACGAGCGCAGUCUCUUCAUCGCAAACGUGCCAAUUGAUGCGUCCGAAACGAAUCUACGGGCCCUGUUCGCAGAGCAACUGGGCGGCGCAAUGGUUGAGCGUGUCGAGUUUGAUGGAUUAGUGCCGGCGCCUGCAUUGCACAAGAAGUGGAAAGGCGAGGGAAAUAGAAAAGGGAAUGCUGGAGCCUCAGGAGACGAAGAGGGCAGAGGGAGGAAGAGGAAGAGGGAGCAGGAGCAGGAAUUACUAGCCGAAGGCGUAAUGGAGGAUGAAGAAAGCGCACUUCCCAAACUCUGGAGCACAGAAAUCAAGAGGAGCGGCAGCGGUGCUGUUGUCGUCUUUGUAGACAAGAAGAGCUGCCGCGGCGCACUGAAACGUAUCAAAGAAACCAUCAAAUCCGCCCAACAAAUCCACUGGAAAACCAGCGAACGCUUAGGCAUACAUCGUAAGUCCACCCAACGCCACUCUCCCAAACCCAACUAA